AUCCUACUUUGGUUACUAAAAUGCUAUAUUUUACGUCACGUGUACUAUAGUUUUUGGUUACCAACGUAAGAUUUUGGAACGUACUCCAGUAAGUACACGGCAUGCACGGUAGUGGAACGGCAGCGAGAAAAACGCAAAGAAAACUUGACGAAAACAAAUCAUUUUGAAGUAUGAAAACGAGUUACUUCGUUACUUGACUUCGUUAUUGUAGACUUGAAUUAUGCAGAACUCUGAUGUAAUUGCAAAUAUUAUAGAAAGAAGUUUGUAUAAAUCUUCUAUUAAUAUUUGAAAUGUAAGAUGAAAUUCAGUCUUCAGAACUAUUUGAAACAACUUUGCAAAUUACAACAUUUACAAUAUUCAUGGCUCCACACAGUGCCUGCGACAGUAUCAAGACAAAAUGUGACUAAUGUAAAACUAUGUGUUCCUGAGCCAGAAUAUAAUAUAGCUUUUCUAUGCAAUCCUGAAAAUCGUGAUGUAAUUUCAAAUAAUAUCAAAAGGAGAAAAGGUGUUGGAGAUAUUGACAAAGUUCUUGAAUAUUUUGGCAAACCUGAAAAGCAAAAAUUACUUUUGCAAGAAUUAAACAAAAUACCAAACUGUACACAUCCUUCAAUAAUUGAAUAUGGCGAUAAACCAAAACUAUUGAAAGAAUGUGGCAAGAAACCAGAAUUUGACUUUGAGCCUAAAGAAUUCACUGAACUUGUCACUAAUCUGAAAGCAAUAAGAACACAUGCUUUGGGCCCUGUUGCUGGACAGAGAAGUUAUAUGCUCUUGGGUGAUUUGGCAGAUCUAGAAGAAGCAUUAAUUCAAUAUACGGUUAAAGAAUUAAUGAAAGAAGGAUUUAAACUGUUGUCUGUUCCUGAUAUUCUUCCAACUAAAGUUAUAGAAAGAUGUGGUUUAAUAGUAGAUGGUGACCGAACUCUUGUAUAUAAUUUGGAUUCUUAUUAUGGUGAUGAUUAUAGUUUAUCAGGAACAGCAGAAAUGGCAUUGGCUGCCAAGUUGAUAAAUACCACACUUUCCUAUGACAUGUUACCAUUAAAAUUAGCUUCGGUUAGUCGAUGCUAUCGUGCAGAGACUUCGAGUAUACUAGAUGAAAGAGGAAUAUACAGAGUUCAUCAGUUUACAAAAGUAGAAAUGUUUAUUUGUUCUGAGCCAUCUCAAUCCGAGGCAUUAUUUCAAGAUCUCCAAAAUGUACAGCAGCAAUUGUUCUCUUCGUUGGGAUUGCAUUUUCAUAUAAUGGAUAUGCCACCAUCUGACUUGGGUUCACCUGCUUAUAGAAAAUGUGACAUAGAAGGAUGGAUGCCUGGAAGAAAGUUGUAUGGUGAAUUAUCUAGUUGUAGUAACUGCACGGAUUAUCAAUCACGGCGUCUUAAUAUUAAAUAUAAGACAAAAGAUGGGGAGACGGUUCACGUACACACGUUAAAUGGAACUGCGUGUGCAAUACCUCGCAUGUUGAUUGCUUUGUGUGAAACUUAUCAAACAAAACAUCAUCGUAUCACUGUGCCGGAAAAGUUAGUUCCUCUUAUGAAGAGUAAAACGCUUAUUAAGAAACAAGAAAUAGCAGACACGAGACUUUUCAAGUACAAACCGAAAUUAAAAGUGUAAAUAAACUUAUAAAAAAAAUAAAGCUUACGACGCAUGUGUUUCUUAUGCCAAAUCGCACCGAAGAGCCAGAAACCAAUUAUGGUUUGAAAAGAAAAAAAUAACUUGUCAGUUCAUUAUGAUGUUUGCAUGCAGCAUAAAAAAAAAGCAUCGUGUGCCAUAAGAUCAAGUUUUUGUGUGUCUUUUCUAAUUUCAUGAUUUUAAUGCAGUAGUAACAAAUAUCCAGAUAUCUGAAAGAAUAUCUUGAUAGUCCAGCCUAUUACACAAGGAAAUUUUUAAAGUCAACAAAACAUUGAAUACUAAACAUCACCUGUCAGUAUAUUUUCUAUAAACUAGUACAAUAGUUUUAUACAAAGAAAGAUAGGGAUCCGAAAAUUGUACGUACAGGGAUAAAGAUUGUUUUUCAUACAAUUUCUUUGUUAUUCUAUGUAUAUUUUGUAGGAGUUAUAAAAAUGUAACACAAAAUAUUUUUUCUUAAAGUAAUGCAAUUUAAAGACAUUGCAAAUUCACAGUUGUUCCACACUGAUUGGAUGUUAGUUCUUAUUGACAAUUUAAAAAAUGUUCUAUUCUCUCUGAAGUACCUAAUUCAUUGUGGAGUAAUCUAACAUUGACUGAAGUUUUAUUUUAUUUAUAUUGUAUAAUUUUAUGGCGCGAUCCUUGAUUUCUUUUCCGAUUGAUAUUGAAUUGUUGACUCGUUUCGUUUUUGCAACUAUAUUGUUCUUCAUUACUGGCAUUAAAUAUAUAGUCU